AUGAGCUCACGUGGACUAGUAUUGCAGAACGGAAGUACCGGAAUUGAUUCGUUGGGCCCGCAAACAUUCUCCAAUGGAUUAGAAAUGAGUACUCGGUUGGUUCCGUCCAAAGAGACCAUUCGACUGGAAUUGGCCAAACUCGAGAAAUCUUUGCAGCAGGCCACUUCGUUGCACCAGUUGCUUCGAUUGUUGAACCAGAUCGAGGCCAAACAGGCCCAAUUGGACCAAAUUCUUCACACUUUCACCAAUAAAAGACAUGUUGCACACAGUUCCUCGAUUCGGACACUGGAAAUAAGCAGGGUCGAGCUUUCGUCCACGCUAAACCAUUCGCGGUCUCUCAAGAAAAUCAUGGACGACGCAUCUGUGUUGAGCUCCAAAAUCACCGAGAAAGUCCGUCAUCUGGACUCGGAGCGAUCGAAAACAAAGGCCACCAAGGAGUACGUUGAAAAUGUCAAGACUCUCAAAUACGAGGUUCAGAAGAUCGACACAGCCAUCAAACAAAAGAACUGGCUUGCUGCUGCAACCUCGAUCGGCGUCAUACGGUCUCUUCCACCAGGACUGAUCGACGACGAGUUUGUGGAGUUUAUUGUUCCAACAAGCGAUCUGCCGGAAAUGCCAGGCGACCUGGUUGCCUCUUGGACCGUCGAGUUAAACACCAUUUUUGUGAGCGAGUUCAACCAGGCCGCUGCAAAUAAGGAUGUUCAGAAACUUACCUAUUUUUUCCAGCUAUUCCCCAUGAUUGGUAAAAGUGAGGUUGGACUCGAGUGCUACUCGCGGUUCAUCUGUAACAUCAUCAGCGACCAGGCCAGAGCUGUUCUGAGAAGCGUUCAGGGUAAGUCAGACGUCCGCUCGAGCUUCUACGCACAGGUAUUGUUCCAGUUGUACCAAACCAUUGCCGACAUUGUGCAUCAACAUUCCCGUAUUAUCACCAGAUAUUACGGCUCCAACGUGCUGACCAAUAUUCUUACAGCCAUCCAAACCGAAUGCGAUCUUCAAAGUGGCCUUAUCUUUGACACAUUUUGGGAUACAAAGAAAUUGGACAGAGCAUUAAAUGAUAUCAAUAAUUACGGCUACCCAAUUCUUGUUGGGUCGAUCUUGAACAAUCUCCAGGGAGAAGAAGAACUCAAGGACGAUAACCUUGUGAUAGCGCUUGCUGAUGUCUCGAACCUGAUCGACGAACUGUCAACGAUGUUGAACCACUGGGCAAUGUAUUGCAAAUUUUUUGUUGUUUCGUGGAACGAGUCGAUCCAAAGCUCGUCCGAUCACGCAGUGUAUCCACAGCCUUUGCUGUUGAGCACGUUUAUGGAAAAAAUACAGAAAAAGGCCACCAGAAGCUUUGACCAGCUGAGCACUUUUGCUAUCAGAAGAACAAUUGAAAAGGCGUUCUUGUUGGAGAACAUACCCGACCUCAGCCCGCAAUUAACGUUAUGCAUCAAGUAUUUGACUCUUACAUCAAGAGCAAAUGCCACCAGCAACCAAUCGCUGCUCUCGUUGACUCCUGAAGAUCCUCCCGUGUCAUCCAUCAUUGAAGAUAUUACAAUCUCGUUGAACCUAAUUAUGCUACAAACAAUGACUACAGGCGAGUUCCUCACUAUCAAGAACAUGAUCUCCAAUACACGAAGAAUCCUUGAGAACGAUUUCCUCAACAUUAUGAAAAAGAAGCUCAAUGAUUAUCAACCUAGAGCAAAUUCGUUAUUAUUAACACCUCAUGCUAUACAAGCUCUGCACUCGUUGAAUCACAGAUCGGCACUUCCUAUGAACCCAACAGGCAGCUCUUCGAACCUCAUUUCUCCUCGAAGCGGCACUCCUCCGUUGGGAGGCAAGGAUCAAAACGCAAACGCAAGCAACUUGUUCAUGAAGAGCGCCACUUCUGCGUUGAACGCUGCUAUGAAUCUCAGUGGUGUUGAGACUGAAACUUCCGACAAGCUGUCGCAAUUCAUCAUUGUUCUGAACUCCAUUAGUCUGUUCCAAAAGUAUUUGAACAAGCUGUCGGAAAACAUGAUCACCAAACUUGAACAGGACAACCUGUUGAUUGUGGACAACCAAGAGUUCAAUCAAGUGCAUGCCUCUAUGGAGAGGGAUGCGAAAACAGACAUUACCAUGUAUGUUGACCUGAACAAUUCCGAAGGAACGGAGGAGAACCCGUCAGUUAGAGACAGAAUCAAGAGCGUGGUGAAGACUUUGAGCACCUCGUUCAACGACAAGUCUGGCCUGCUGUUGCAAGAACAAAUCAAAAUCCUGUUCAAUCAGAAUUUCCGUGCCAAACUGGCCCGGAUGAUCAACGACGCGCUGAAGGAGUCGGAGUAUCUGAUUUCCUCAGACAUGAUGAGUCUGAAUGCAGCCUCGGAGUCCAUCAUCGCGUUCAUCAAGGAAUGGAACUCGCUCAUCAUCCCAUAUCUCACCACACUCACCAGAGAAAACUUCCAAGCUCUGAUCAAGCUGAUUGUCAAGAACCUGGCAGCCACCAUGGAGAGCAAGAUCUGGCUCAUGGAGCGCAAGUGCAACGAGCUGGGGGCCGCGAAGCUCGAGAAGGACAUCUCUGCCAUCAUCAGCGAGGUGACAAAGUACGACUACAGUUUCCGCGACAACUUCAACAGAAUCACCCAGAUCGUCAUGAUGCUCGGUCUGGACGACGACGAGGAAUUGGACGAUCUGGACGAUCUCGAAUGGGCCCUGACUCCAACCGAACGCAACAGGGCCAGAAACCUUAGAAUAGAUAGAAAGUAA